UCAACAGGCACGUCAUAAUAGAUCCGGCGUGUACGGAGAUAAGAUGUUAAACUUGUGUAAUACCAGAAAAGUAAUCUCUUCAUGCUGAUGUAACACAGCGCUGAAUGUAUAUCGGUAUCUAUACAAAAGUUUGAAUGUUCAUUCUUGUAGACAUUGAAUGUUGAAAAGUUCAUAGCUGAUUAAAGACGGUGUGGAAUUCUAAUUUGAGAUGACCUAAUAUUUUCGGAAUACGCUGUGAUGAACUAACAUAUCGUAUAAAUAUCAUCCCGACAGCAUCAACCGUGAUGAGAACAGUUCACUUCUCCAUUCUCUGGACCCUUCAAGGUGUAUUCCUAAUUCUCCCGACAUCCCACAUCAAACCAAGGAGAUUCCUUUGUUAAGAACAUUUCUGGAUCUGUGACAUACCACUGAGAUGUCUGAUCAGGGUGAGCUGUACGAGAAGUCGUGGAUUCUGUAUCACAUCCUAAACAGGUGUAUAGGGAACCGGGAGACAGUGGCUGCCAGGAGGAGAUCAGUAGUGGUGACGGAACAACUACAAAAUGCUGAAGGAAGAAUACGCGAUUUUUUUUUAACGGGAAGUAGGGCAGAAGGAUUGAGUGCUCGGGGAUCGGACAACGACUGGAUGCUUAUUGAUAGAAAUGCUGUAGUUUUGUGUCCAGAUCAGGAUAUUAGUAAUCAUCUCGACAUCGCGAAUAAAACAGUUUGUAUGAUGAGAAAGGCAAGAAGUCGACCUGGUUAUGUCAACCUGGAACUACUUCAUCAGGUGCAGUUUGACCCAUCUAUUGUUCCAAUAGGUGAUUCACAAUUCAUAUCAAGUGAAAUAUACAGACAGACACACACUGAUAUAGCGAUUCGUAUCUUACAGUUAGAUGCGGAGGGUCAUGGCCCAGCAGUUAAAAUAAAGCAUGAAUACAGUGACAAACCAUCGGAAAUGGAUAUUGUAUUUUCCUUUCCUUGUUAUGAUUGGCCAAGUGAAGCUAAUGAGUGGAUGAAUAGGCCACGCCUACAUGACUGGCCAGAUAAAAAAUUGAGAGAUCAGAUAGUACAAGGUGGCUGUCAUCUAGUCCCUGAAGGGGAUAAAACGUCUGCUGCUGACCAAUCCCUACAGUGGAGGAUAUCAUUCACGACUGCGGAAAGGAAACUCUUUCAUUCUUUAACUCAUGUCCAGUUUUUAGUAUAUGGACUUAUUAAGAAAUACCUGAAACAGAUAUCUGGAACGUUGGAUCAUAUGUUAGAUGAAACAGAUAUUAUGUCUUCCUAUAUUAUAAAAACAAGUAUAUUAUAUGCAGUAGAAAGUACAAGUGAAUCAUUUUGGCAGGAAAAACAUACGUUUCUAUGUUUCAUGUUUUGUUUGAAGAUUUUGAUCAAUUGGGUGAAAGCAGGACAUUGUCCCAAUUACUUUAUUAAGAACAAUAAUAUGUUCCUUGGCAAAGUUCACGGUCAAAAUCAACAGAAACUUCUUCGUUAUCUCACUGCCCUCCAUGAUAUGAACUGGAAUUGUCUUUCAGUUGGAACAGCAGGCAUAGAAUUAACCAUAGGAGAGCAUAUCCGUAGGGUGAGGAAAGGAGAAUUAGAAUUUGUUCUACCUCCACCAACAUGUUCAGAACUUAAACGUGACGAAGCAUUAUUAAGCAGUGCAGUAUUUCGUUUUAUCAGUGUUUCUCCUGAUAUUAUCUCGUCGUUAGAACUACUUGCAGCAUCAAAGUCGGACAUAGAUGAAUUCAUGGGCUACUGCGCUACUGGCCAGUCACUAUCUUGUGAAGGGAUGAAGAUAUUCGGUGAACACACCAAUGCUAGAGGAAAUAAAGAGAAGUACAAAUCUCUUAGGAAAUGCAAGAACCUGCUAAGACCAUUUUCAACAAUGUUUACAAGUCCAGGCCUUCUUGGUUUGGCAACAUAUUACUAUCAGACUGGGAACUACAUGAAAACACUGGAAAUGUGUGAUCACAUGACGUCGUCAUCCAAAAUUUAUCUUGAUGGUAUCAUAGACAUUAUGAAUGAUUGGGACAGGUAUGAACAACGCUAUUGUGGACGUGGGUACAACCUACUGCACAAAUGUCAGGCAUUUGUAACAAAUAUGACGUUCGCGCAUCACACUUUACAGUUCUGUCCAUCCCAAUUACAACAGGUGAUCACAAGUAAACGUGAAAUGAUUCCACCACACCUGCUACAGUUCUGCCCACCCCAGGUAAAACAGGUGUUGAAAUAUGUCCAUGACAACAUUCCAUUGUCAGUUCCACCCCUCCCUUACGCUGUGUUCCUGUCUUUUCUGUGUUACCAUGAACUGGGGGACACUAGGAGACGUGACACAGCAUUGAUUCAUCUUCAGACCGUAAAGUAUGUCGUGAGACAGGGAGUCGGUGAACACUGGAUAGUACACAAUAUCUUGGGGAUCUGCUAUGAAACGGUUGGAGACACACAUAGGGCUCUCAGGGAAUAUAGGGAAUCUCUUCGAGUUCGAUCAAUGUCCCAGUGUCUGAACCCUGCCAAGGAGUUGAUAGAACGUUUACAACACGUACAUUAAAGGCAAUCAGACGACGAACAAUAUAAUACUUGCACAUCUGGCCAGUAUUUAAGGUAUACACCAUAACAUUCAGGAACUUCAGUAUUCUGCCUACACCAGUUACAUCGUUAGAUAAAAUAUCUUUCUGACCGAAUUCAAUUUCCAGAUGCAUCCCUCCCUUACGCCAUGUUCCUGUCUUUUCGUUGUUACCAUGAGCUUGGAGAGACGAGGAGACAUGCUACAUCAUUGAUUCCUCUUCGGGCCGUGAAAUAUGCUGAGGCAUUGAGAGUUGGUGAGCACGGGAUAGUACAUAAUCUCUUAGUAUGACUAUCACUGUUCGUGUAUUUUCGUUGUACAGAUAUGUUCAUGUUUAAAGUACACUCAUUUAUAAUCUCUCUUCAGUGUAUAUAUAUGUUCUGUGAUAACGCAUAUUCCUUGUACCUGUAUGCUCGUUGUACAGAUAUGAUCAUUGUACAUAUAUGUUUGUCCAUUGCACUUGCAUUAUAAUUGCUCCUGUACGUUCAUCAUUAACGAAUAUGUGCAAUGAAACACACGAGCAUGCAUAAACAAUAAGCGAACAGUUACAAUGAGCAUACACGUACAAUUGAACAUAAAUGCACAAUUAGCGUUAAUGUAUAAUAAAAAAAACUGUAACAUUAGUGUAAAUGUACAAUAAGCAAACAUGUACAAUGAACAUACACGUACAAUGAACAUACAUGCACAGUGAGCAUAUUUGUACAAUGAAUAUACAUAUACAAUAAACAUACAUGUAUAUUGAGCAUACAUGUACAGUGAGCAUACAGGUACAAUGAGCAUUCAUGUAAAAUGAGGAUACAUGUACAGUGAGCAUACAUGUACAGUUAAAAAACAUGUACAAUGAGCAUACAUACAUGUACAAUGAGCAUACUAGUACAGUUAGAAAAUAUGCACAAAGAACAAACAUGUCCAGUGAGCCUACAUGUACAAUAAACAGGCAUAAAGAUACAAGUACAACAAUCAUACAUGUA